CAAUAUGGUUCUGUACCAGAUCCGCACGCUGGGUCUUCUGCCUGGUGGAGACAGUGCAUUCCCUCAGCCGAGAUCUAGAGUGGUUAUUACAAUGGAAGGAAUCAAUAAUUUCAAGACACCAAGCAAAUUAUCUGAAAAAAGGAAAUCUGCAUUAUGUUCAACUCCAUGUUUAAAUAUUCCUGCCUCGCCGUUUAUGCAGAAACUUGGCUUUGGCACAGGGGUAAAUGUCUAUCUUAUGAAAAGAUCUCCAAGAGGCUUGUCUAAUUCUCCUUGGGCUGUGAAAAAGAUUAAUUCUAAAUGUAAUGAUUAUUAUCAAAAUAUGUAUCAAAAGAGACUAACUGAUGAAGCUAAGAUUUUGAAAAACCUUCAUCAUCCAAACAUUGUAGGCUAUCGUGCUUUCGCUGCAGCCAGUGAUGGUAGUCUAUGUCUUGCUAUGGAAUAUGGUGGUGAAAAGUCCCUAAAUGACUUAAUAGAAGAACGAAAUAAAGACAACCAAGGUCCUUUUCCAGCACCCAUAAUUUUAAAAGUUGCUUUGAACGUGGCAAGAGGAUUAAAGGUAACUAUGCCAUUAUACUUUAAAUAG